AUGCGUGUACAGACUUUGAGCGAUCUGAACGACUAUCUGGGGCCAUCACAGAUUUGCAUCAAGCCCGUCAAUGAAAUCAUCGAUCCCACGCCCGAUCCUGCUCAGAUAAGCUCAGAAUCCAAAGCAUGGGCAGCCACGGAGAUCAGGCUAGACGAGCCCACCGGUCAUUACUACGAAAUCGAAAGUCGGGGAAAGGACAAAGGGGGUGAUCAGUCAGCAGGAGCGCUUGGCGUGACAGGACUGCAGCAGCAGGGCAACAAGCUCAAGAAGGCAGAGAUCACACUCAACGAUUGCUUGGCAUGCUCGGGAUGUAUCACCUCUGCCGAAUCUGUCCUCGUCAAUCUGCAAUCUCACACAGAGGUCUAUACCGUUUUGCAAGAGCAAGCCGACGACAUUGUACCAGUCUUGUCGAUCUCGCCACAGUCGAUCGCAUCGCUCUCGGUGCUCUACAGCGUCUCGCCACAAAGGACUUUCAACGCCCUCGCGCGAUUCUUCAAGCGCACAUUGGGCUUUGCUCUGGUCUUUGACACCGAUUAUGCACGAGAGUUAUCUCUGGCGCAAGGCAGACGUGAAGUCCUCGAACGUUGGCAAUCAAAUGCUCAAGCAGACACAGGCGCGCACCUGCCUCUGCCUUUGCUUGCGAGCGCUUGCCCUGGCUGGAUAUGCUACGCCGAAAAGACACACGGCGAGCUGUUACCAUUCAUCUCGGCUGUUAAGUCGCCACAGCAAAUAGCAGGCUCGCUCAUCAAGCAAUAUCUGGUCACACGACCACAUGUAGAGGCUCUGCUCAAUACGACAAGUGCAAGCGAGGAAAGGCCAAGAGGAAGACGGAGGAUCUACCACGUCUCGGUGAUGCCAUGCUUUGAUAAGAAGCUGGAAGCAAGUCGACCUGAUUUUGCCGAUCCCAUUACCGGCGAACGAGAUGUCGAUUGCGUUUUGACCACGGGCGAAGUACAUAAGAUGCUACAGGAUCACAAUGUCGAUCUAUCCUCUGGCGAUGCUGAACGUAAUGCCAUGCAAAUGGACGGCGAUGCAUCCUCGACCUCCGAGAUCGAAGACGAGCUUCUGCCUAGAUUCACUUCUUCUGCUCUCGGCACUUCGAGCGGCGGCUACCUCUUCAAUGCGCUUCGGGCAGUCGCUGCAUCACUACCCUCAGAUCAGCAAAGCAUGCUACACCUCGAGUCUCGCGCAGUACGCGGCGAAGACUACAUCGAGUAUCGCCUUUUGUUCAACGGAGCGCUCAUCUUCCGCGCUGCGAAAUGCUACGGCUUCCGGAACCUGCAGAAUGUCGUUCGCAAAGUCGGUAAGGACAAGGGGCUCGCCAUAGGGCAUGGAGCUGCUAGAGGAUCUAUGGAAGGUCCUAGAGCGCGCAGCAAAGGUUUGGCUGCAGUCAGGCGAGCUCGCAGAAACGAUCGCGCUGGCGCCCGCGAGGUUGUCGUAGAUGCGGCCGAAAGGUCGUACGACUUUAUCGAGGUCAUGGCUUGUCCUUCUGGAUGCGUCAACGGGGGAGGGCAGCUUCCGCCUAGCUCGGCAAGAGACCACAUGCAACUCGACACAGAAGGAAUGCCCCAAAUCAACCUUUCCGAUGUCUCCGCUGUAUCUGGCAAAGACUGGGUUGCACGGGUCGAAGCUGCCUACUGGGACUACACUGCUCAGUCGCAAAGUGAUACGCUGGAUGACCUGUUCAGGAACGACGAUAAACAAAUAGAGGCAGCUUUAGAUGAAAUGAUCGACAGCACGCGAGCCCGGCAAGCUGAGCUUGGCAAAAUCCAAAGCGCAGCUCAGGUGAGGCAGGAGAUGCUCACAACGCAAUACCGAGCCGUUGAAAUUGAAGAGAUAAACGGACUUGCGGUCAAGUGGUGA